CUGAGUUCUGACACGCAAAGGACUCGAUUGGGGGCAUGGGACUCGUGGAGCUCUUCGUCACGGCAUGUAUGCCUGUUCUUAACAUGCUCCUGGUUACCGGUGUCGGAUCAUUCCUGGCGACUGAUUUUGCUGGGAUACUGGGCAAAGAAGCAAGGAAGCAUCUAAACUAUGUAGUGUUUUAUGUGUUCAAUCCAUGUCUUGUCUCUGUCUAUUUGGCAAAAACAAUCACCAUGGAAGGCAUGGCCAAACUGUGGUUUAUGCCAGUGAAUGUCCUCUUCACUUUUACCUUCGGGUUGAUCUUUGGUUGGAUCGUUUUAAAAGUCACCGGAGCCCCACCAAAGUUAAGAGGCCUCAUUUUGGGUUGCUGUUCUGCUGGCAAUCUGGGCUCUAUUAUCCUCAUCAUUAUUCCAGCUCUCUGCAAAGAGAAGGGAAGCCCGUUCGGAGCACCUGAUGUUUGUCAGACUUAUGGACUAGCCUAUUCAUCGCUUUCAAAGGCCAUUGGCUCCUUCUUUCUAUGGACGGGCACUUAUAAUAUCAUCCGUGCAAAUUCAGAAGUCACUGAAGUAGACGGUAACACUCCAACAACUCAAACAAAAGUCUCGGUUUCAGAUAGUACUACGAGUACAGUUUCAGAAGAGAAUUGUUCGAUCUCGAGUGAUCACGUGGACGAAUGCGCUCUCCCGUUGAUAUACAAUCCAACUACAGACAGAACAAAGGUCUCGUUCUCAGAGAGAGCAAAAAGAGUUAUAUCAUCGGUUUCUAGGUCGGUUGACUUGAAGAAGCUAUGCGCUCCUUCGACUAUUUCAGUGAUUGUCGGGUUUAUAAUUGGAGUAACACCUCUACUUAGAAAUGCUAUGAUUGGAGAAAGCGCUCCACUCCGUUUCCUUCGCGAGUCGGCUGAACUAAUCGGCGGAGGAGCCAUUCCAUCUGUCACGCUGAUCAUGGGAGGGAAUCUCAUCACCGGAUUGCGAGGAGACGCGAGUGUGCCACGGUCGGUGAUCGCCGGCAUAGUAGCCGUCAGGUUCAUUCUGUUGCCCUUGCUGGGCACCGUGCUGGUUAAGGCAGCGAUCCGGUUCGGCGUCAUCCAGCCAGACCCUCUUUACCAGUUCAUCCUUCUGUUGCAGUACGCCGUCCCACCCGCCAUGAACAUCGGGACGAUCACACAGCUGUUUGGCGUGGGUAAGAGCGAGUGCUCGGUGAUCUUCGUGUGGGUGUACCCGCUCGCGUCGGUCGCCGUGGCGGUGUGGUCCGUGUUCUUCAUGUGGACCUUGUUGUGAACCUCUCUCCCGUGGUGGUGUGGUCCGCGUUCUUCAAGUGUACCUUGUUGUGAACCUUUCUCGCGUAGUAAUACAUCGGAGUCUCUCACAGCUCCGAGAUACUAGAACGAGUGAGAGGCCGGCGAGCCCAGUGAGCUAGCGGCCGAUCCAUGUGAUAUCCCCGAGUCGAUCAGAAUGUGCACGCUCGAUCGAGUUGCUACAAAGACAGAGCCCACAUGCUGUGGAAGAUUUUUGCUACCGAGCUCAAGUGAGCACCUAACAUCUUUAUGUCAUGACUAAACUCUAAGUUCCAUACAGUUGUUACAUGGUCGAGGAUGGCCGAAAUUUAAACUUGAGGAGGUUGAGGAG